GUACAGCUUCUCUUCUAAAACACCACUCCGUUUCCCAAACGAAUCAAUCCAACCCGACCCGUUAUGAGUGGGCGGGUAACAAGACAGUGCCAGAAAUGGCACAAGACAGUAUAGAACUGAGAGAGAAAGCUUCAAAGCCCAUAUUAUAGAAGGAAUUUCAAGAGCCACUGCAAUUCCAUUCUACAAAAAGGUUCAUAUUAUUUUAAUCUAUUAUAUAUAUUUUUUUAAAAAUAGAGAUCGAGUAAAGAAUUAUUAGAAGCAAAAUCUGGAAGAGUGGAGAGUUUGGUGGGUCAUAUACUGAUAUUCAUAUCAAAUUGUGAGUUAGCUUUGCUGGAAAAGGAUUUUAUUGGAUAAAAGCAAGUUUCUUUGCAUUGGUUUGCUUGUGUUUUUUCAAUUGGGAUUUUUCUAUGAAGAGAGUUUAGUGCUUUUCGGAAGGAUUCAUAUUUGAGGAAUAGUAGGGACUAGGAACUCAAGUUUAACGAGGAGGUUCCGAGAAACAAGAGUUUAGUCAUGUCUGCGACAUUAUCUAGCUUAGAGGUAUCCAAUUCGACUGGUUUACUUGAUUCUUUCGGGGUUGUGAAGCUCGUCGAUUCGUCGAGGUUCUUGUGUAGGGACUUUGUGUCGAUUAGAGCAAAAAAGAAUAAUAUGAAAAAGAGAUGGAGGUUUUGUUCUUUGAGUACAGAUAUGAAGUAUUCACGUGUUGGUCAGUCUGGCUUAGAGAGUGCUAAUAACUUUCCUUUAUUAACGAAUGUGCUCGGAAGCGCGGCAGUAGGAGAAGUAGCUGUUUCAUCCGAGCAGAAGGUCUACGAUGUGGUGCUGAAGCAGGCAUCUUUGGUUAAGAGGAAGCUGAGCUCUACCGGUGAACUUGAGGUGAAACCUGAAAUUGUUUUGCCUGGGAAUUUGAGCUUGUUGAGUGAAGCCUAUGAUCGCUGUGGAGAAAUUUGUGCAGAAUAUGCUAAAACGUUUUACUUGGGAACUCUUCUAAUGACUUCCGAAAGGCAAAGAGCUAUUUGGGCGAUAUAUGUGUGGUGUAGGAGAACGGAUGAACUUGUUGAUGGCCCUAAUGCAUCGCAUAUUACAGCAACUGCUAUGGAUAGGUGGGAAUCAAGAUUGGAAGAACUUUUCCAAGGACGUCCGUUUGAUAUGCUUGACGCUGCUUUAUCAGAUACGGUUGCCAAAUUUCCUGUUGAUAUACAGCCGUUUAAAGAUAUGAUAGAAGGAAUGAGAAUGGAUCUAAAGAAAUCAAGAUACAAAACCUUUGAUGAAUUAUAUCUCUACUGUUACUAUGUUGCUGGAACUGUUGGUUUAAUGAGUGUUCCAGUCAUGGGAAUUUCAACGCAAUCGCAAGCCACAACUGAGAGUGUAUACAAUGCUGCGUUGGCCUUAGGAAUUGCAAAUCAGCUAACCAACAUACUCAGAGAUGUCGGAGAGGAUGCUAGGAGAGGAAGAGUGUAUCUACCACAAGAUGAGUUGGCUCUGGCAGGGCUUUCAGACGACGAUAUAUUUGCUGGUAAGGUGACAGACAAGUGGAGGAAUUUCAUGAAGAGCCAAAUUAAAAGAGCGAGAAUGUUUUUUGACGAGGCGGAAAAGGGAGUGAUGGAGCUUAAUGAAGCUAGCAGAUGGCCGGUUUGGGCGGCAUUGCUAUUGUAUAGGCAGAUAUUGGACGAAAUAGAAGCUAACGAUUACAACAGUUUCACUAAGAGGGCUUAUGUGAGCAAAACCAAGAAGUUUCUUUCUUUACCACUUGCAUAUGCUAGAUCUAUGGUUCCUCCAGCAAGAAAGCUAUCUCAUGAAAUGAAGGCAUAGAUCCUGUAGUUACUUUAGAAAAAUGGAAAUGACAAACACAAAAAGGAAAAACACAAUUUGUAUAUGAUGAAAUAAGACUUGUAUUGAUUAUCCUCUACCACUAAUUGUAGUCAAUAUUCGUGUUUGCAA